GAAGCUUCUCCAGUACCUAAUACUCUUGGUUCCAUUACAUCAUUCCCUGUGUUACAGAGCUGCGCUAAUUUCGCUGCUGCUGCUUAUAUUAAUUCUCCUCUUCAAAAUUGGAACUGUGGAGACAUCUGUAUGGCAAAUGCGGGUACCCAAUUGGUUAAAGAAUUUAAAAACGAACGGCUUAACACAAGGGGUUUCAUAGCCACGCAUCCAGAAAAAGAAUUAAUCAUCGUAUCAUAUAGAGGAACGCAACCAGGAAGUAUCAGAAAUUACAUUACUGACUUUGUCAUUUAUCAAGAUACUUAUUCUCCUAAACCUGAUACCAAGGUACACCAUGGAUUUCUUAAUGCUUGGGAACAAAUUCAACCCCAAGUUACUGAUGAUCUUAUAAAAUUAAUCCAAGAAAAUCCCGAUUUCAGGAUCGGAUUUAUGGGUCACAGUUUAGGUGCACUUGCUACAUUCUCGGCAUUAGAUCUUAUAGAAAAGAAACCAGAUUUAGCUAAUAAUGAAAAAUUGUUUCUUGCUACAUUUGGUCAACCAAGAAUUGGUGAUGAAAAGUUUGCUAAAUAUGUUGAUGAAAACAUAAGAGCAAUAAGAACUAUAGUUCGUGGUGAUCCAGUUCCUCGUUUACCUACAUCAUGGCCAAUUCCAUUUAUUGGGUCCUACAAACAUUUUGGUGAAGAAUUAUAUAUAAAUAAUCCUGAUCAAGAUCCAUCUGCCUUUAUUGAAUGUAAUGCUGAAGAUCCAAAUUGUUCUGAAUCGGUACCUCUUCGACAGUUAAGCCUAAAAUAUCAUUCGGGUCCCUAUUAU